UACGCACGCACGUGCAAUGUCACCCGUCAAUCAACUUCCGGUUCGGUUUCGAGUGUUUAAGUGUCUCUCUCUCGCUGCAGCUGUGUCCAGUGGUCGUUCAGUGGAGCUGCAGGAGAUGAUGUUGUUCUGGUUUCUGCUGCUGUGUGUGCAGCUGAUGUUGGGAUGGAUCCGUGCGUCUGAACUCACCUUCGAGCUGCCAGACAACGCCAAGCAGUGCUUCUAUGAGGACAUCACCAUCGGCACCAAGUGCACACUGGAGUUCCAGGUGGUCACUGGGGGUCACUAUGAUGUGGACUGUCGUCUGGAGGAUCCGGACGGGACGGUCCUCUAUAAAGAGAUGAAGAAGCAGUACGACAGCUUCACCUUCACCGCCUCCAGAAACGGCACGUUCAAGUUCUGCUUCAGCAACGAGUUCUCCACCUUCACACACAAGACCGUGUACUUCGACUUUCAAGUCGGCGACGACCCUCCGCUUUUCCCCAACGAGAACCGAGUGACAGCUUUAACACAGAUGGAGUCUGCCUGCGUGUCCAUUCACGAGGCGCUGAAAUCUGUGAUCGACUAUCAGACACACUUCCGUCUGCGAGAGGCUCAGGGCCGCAGUCGAGCCGAGGAUCUGAACACCAGAGUGGCCUUCUGGUCCAUCGGAGAGGCCUUCAUCCUCCUGGUGGUCAGCAUCAGUCAGGUGGUUCUUCUCAGGAGCUUCUUCUCAGACAAGAAAACCACUACAACACGCGUGGGGUCCUAACUCCUCACAUCCAAGGGUUUUUACACAAAGAAUGAGUUAUUUAAGCUGAAACACCUUGAGCUCGUUGUCUGUGGUCUCGUGUGAUCCUCAGCUCACAUCCAGCAGAAUAUUACAGCGCUGAAAUUCUAACUGGUUUAUUUAUUUUGUGGCUGUGUUGAGUGUUUACAUGAUGUCAAUGUGAACAUUAAAGGAUGUACAGACGCUGCUUGACACACCAGUGCGGUUUAUACACGUCUGAUUGUAUCAUCAUCAUCAUCAUCACUCGAGAUUAGUUCAUCCUUCAGUCUUCAUAGAACCACUGUGUUUGAAUGAGAGAGAUGUAUUUGCUUUAUGUUGUAAAAACAAGCAUCCUUGCUAAUGUUUCCUACUCAGCAUUUUCUUUUCAUGACUUUCGUGUGUUUUUUUUAUUUUUAUUAGCUGUUUCUUUAUAAUAGCGGUGUAUUGAUUUCUUUACUAACUAAAUUAAUGGGUUAAUAAAUGUCUGGAGGAACGUCUCAAAGACUCUUCUUCAUGAAACCUGCGAUUCUUUUCAAGUGUGCAUUUGAUCAAGUAUAAUAGAUGCAAGAAGAGCAUGACUGUCUUCUGAGAAAAACUGAGGUUGGAAAUGGCUUUGUUUUGACAUCUGGCCUGUAGUUUCAGCACUGGCUUGUUCUUAUAUCUCUGGACGUGUACUGACUUCAUUCACUGAAAUGUGGAUGUCCCCUGUGUGUAAACUAUUGCAAAACUCACCGUUUUAAAUGAUUGCUCUAUGCAUUACACUAGCAAGUUUGUAUUGGCACAUAAAGCAUGACUCUAAAGCAGAUAUCUGCUCUGUAAUGCUUGGUCAUAUGCCAAAUUUGCACUGCAGAGGUGGCACAGAAGCGCUUCUGAAGUGGCAUUUACACAGGGGCUGAGCAGGCAUAAUUCAGUCUGGCUCUUAUGUGGGAUUGCAUCUUUAUAGUGAAUUCCGAGCAGCUUUAACUCAAGAUGCUUAAAGUAUACAGUUGUAAUUGCUAUGAAAGUGCAUUAAACAGUGUGUAAAGGCACCUAAAUGCCACUUCAGACGCACCUCUGAGCCACUUUUACAGUGUGAAGUCUUCUUAUGAAGUGCAUCGUGAGUUUGCACAGGAUCAGUAUCGAGUCACUGCUCUAAACAUCACAUUCGUUUGCAUUUAGCAUGUUUUCUCUGUACGGUUCCCCAAAAUAAAGCAGAAACACGGAA